AGAGAACGAGGCAGAUUCGUUCGCGUUCCGCCGAGGUGGUGCAGUUUUCCAGUGUCGCGUAGAGUGUAGUGUUUUUCUUCCUUUCCCCCGUUUCCGAGCAUCGAGUGUAGUGUGCGUCACGGUGAGGCGAAGCAGACCUAUCCCCGAUGAUUAAGGAGUGCAUUUAGUGCAAGGACUGAGCAUACCUGGGAGCGUUUGAAAAGCACGUCCCACAGACCCCUCCAGCCAAAAUCACUCGCCUAACCUUUCCCCUGCCCACCUUAUCCUGCCUCUUAUCCUUCCCCUUUCCCCCGCAAAUUUCGAGAAGACCUCCCGUCUAAAUCACAGCAUCUGUGACUCCAUUAUGGACAGUAUGGAUGGUAGCAAACCUGUUUUGAACGAUGACCCUUCGGUCACCCUGACCAUCCGCCUGAUUAUGCAGGGCAAGGAGGUCGGAAGCAUCAUUGGAAAGAAAGGAGAGAUCGUCAAGAGGUUCCGGGAAGAGUCCGGCGCGAAGAUCAACAUCUCCGACGGAUCAUGCCCCGAGCGAAUAGUGACGGUGACCGGGCCGACGAACUCGAUCUUCAAAGCUUUCACGCUGAUCUGCAAGAAGUUCGAGGAAUGGUGCUCGCAGUUCCACGACAUCCAGGGCGGCGGUGGUGUGCCAAGGCCGCCUAUCACGCUCAGGCUGAUCGUGCCAGCAUCGCAGUGUGGCUCCCUGAUCGGCAAGGGAGGCUCGAAGAUCAAGGAGAUCCGCGAGGUGACCGGCGCGUCGAUCCAGGUCGCCUCAGAGAUGCUACCCAAUUCGACGGAACGUGCUGUAACCAUAUCCGGUACCAGCGAGGCCAUCACGCAGUGCAUAUAUCACAUCUGCUGUGUUAUGCUAGAGUCCCCUCCCAAAGGUGCCACGAUCCCUUAUCGCCCCAAACCCCAAGUUGGUGGGCCAGUGAUCCUGGCUGGUGGGCAAGCCUACACCAUCCAGGGUAAUUACGCGGUGCCCGCCCACUCGGACGUAAGUACAGUAUUGCCAUUGCCCGCGCCCGCUGCCGGGCCCACCCCGCCCUCGCUGAACACCCAAACUUUGACGACUUCGCCCUUCGCGGCCCACCCCUCAUCCUCGGCCUUUGCCGCUUCUCACGGGCAUCCGCUCCUAUCCACGGCCCACCUUACCACCCCACAUCAUCCUCUCCACCCGAGCCCCUUACACGCCAGCGUGGCAGGCCUCGCCGACCCCCUGCUGAAGAGUGGACACUUGCAGGCAGCCCUCCCGCCCGCACACCUCGUGGCAGACGCCAUGGGUAAGCUUGGUAGCAAUCCGUUGGCUGGACUCGCGGCUCUGGGCCUUGGAGGCCUUGCCACACCUGCCAACACGGGGGGAUUGAAUCCGGCAGCACUGGCGGCUCUCGCUGGUAGCCAAUUACGAACCAGCAACACGAACAGGCAACAGCCAGCGGCGAACAAUCAGACGCACGAGAUGUCGGUGCCGAACGAGCUGAUCGGCUGCAUCAUCGGCAAAGGUGGCACCAAGAUCGCGGAGAUACGCCAGAUCUCCGGCGCAAUGAUCAGAAUCAGCAACUGCGAGGAGAGAGAGGGCGGCGCCACCGAUCGUACGAUCACUAUAACCGGAAAUCCGGACGCUGUGGCAUUGGCACAGUAUCUCAUCAACAUGAGGAUAACGCAGGAAACGACGGGAAUCUCGAUACCCGCGUACCACUUCAUCUCGCCGGACCACAUCGUUAAGUCGCCGAUCCACUAAAAGUGGUGAGACACACACACACUCACACGUAUGUCGUUGUCGUCGUCGAAAAGGACGCGGGGCGUCACGACGCGCACGCGAAGCUGUCAAUGGCAUCUGGAGCUGGGCCACGCACUGUGUUCAACCAGCUUGCUAAUCGACACACACACACGCAACCACACACGUUCAUAGAUACCACAGUUACAGAGAGAGAGAAACACACACACACACACACACACGCAUCACAUACUUUAUAGAGACACGUGCGUCACACAUAUACUUGGUUAAAAAGCGACAACAACAGAAAAGGAAAAAUCGAGGAGGAAGAAAAGGAGAAGAAGAAGAAGAGGAGAUACGAAGAGACACACUGUUUAAGCGGAGAACGUGAAUGAGAAAAGAUAUAUGGGACACACGUCGAAAGGGGAAGGGAGGCACACACAGAAACACACAAUUUACACAUACGUACCCGUGACACUGGUUACGUUAAAAAAUGGUUGUACAGAGGGUGGGAAGAUUACACACACGCAUACAUAUAUACAGAGGUAUAGAGACACACACGUGAGAAUAUUGUGCGCGCGCUCUCGACAAGUGAAUCACCGAGGUGUACAUAAGAGGCGAGAGAAGCAGAUAGAAAGAGUGGGUGAGAGAGAGAGAGAGUGAGAGAGGUAGAGAGAGAGAGAGAGAGAGGGAGAGAAAGGGAUUAAAUCGAGCACGCGCUUAACGAUUAACGAAUAUAGAAAAAUGCAAAAAUGAAGAAAAAAAUAAAAUUAAACAAAAACACGCAAAGUAGAGACGAGAAGAAGGCACGCACGCGCGUACACGGAUAUAUAUAUACUCGAGUGUACAAAACUUGUACAAAAAGAUAUUUAAACGAACAAAAUGAAACAAAGAAACAGAAGAAAACGAAAAAAAAAAAAAAAAGAAUAAUAAAUAAAGAAACAAAUAAGCAAGUAAAUAACGAUGCACGCCGCAGCCCGUCACACACACGCGGUGGCUGCUGCCGAUUGGUAAAGGGAACAAGCCAAAGAUACGUUAGUUUUCAUUUUUAUAUUUAAAAAAACGAGAGAAAAAAAAACAAAACGAGGAGCACGAGAGAGGCGGAAGUGUAAUUUACUAGGCUGAUCGAAAAUACGAGAUACAGGCCUCCCUCUGAGAUUCGAUUUUCCUUUCUGCGUUUCGGGUGUUGUGUAAAUUGCACAGGGUAAAACUGUCGGGUGCCUUCGGAAAAACGGAGACGAAAAUAUUUAGAAUUUUAGACAUUUCUUUUGUUUUGACGAUAUUUCCACUGAGUUGAAUAUGUGAAAGUAUGUUUAAUAUUACAUGUUAAAUUAUGGAUCUUUUUAACUGCAGUAAAAAUCGCGAGGGAAGAGAAAUAUCUAAAUUGCAGUUUACACACAUUUUCUUCGCUGCUUUUUUAAAAUAAGAUCGGCAGAAAUUAUCUUAGAACGAAAUGACGAUUUUAAUUAGUUGCUUAUUUUGGCAAAAUUCUGGAAUCACAAUUUCCGCGUACCUCGUGUCGAGUUUUCCGAAGACAGUAGUUUCAUCUCGUGCAAUUCAGAGCAGGUAAAUUAGUGGAAACCGAAGUCCAACGUCAGAAGGAGUGAUUUGAGAUUUUUGGCCAGCAUAGUACAAGAGAAUUAUUAUUAUAAUUAUUAUUAAUCAUGAAUGUGUGAAACAAGGACGCUGAAUAACUAUAUAAUAUUAUUAGGCCGGUUGUUAGCGUUUUUUCUAUUGCUGGGUAUUCUAAGGAAUGGAGACUGAUGGGUUUCUUUUCACCCAUUUAGCUAAUUUAAACGUCGAAUCAUCCGGACGGGAUGCGACCCCUCGUUGGACAUCCGUUCAAUCUCAUUCCCCGAGAUUGUUAUUUGAAAAUUAACAUCGUUCGAGGUAAUCUACGGAUACAGAGUGCACUUGGAAUUUUCUUAGUUUUUAAACACAUCGACGGUACCAUUGAAAGGAAAAGAAAUGGUCCCGAAAUGGUGUCCCAAUAUUCGUAGAAAUUUGGUGUUAAUUCGACACUUUUAAAUUCUCUUCUUGUUUAAUCGAUCAAUUUUUCCUCCAGCGCUAAAGAAAAAGGGACGACACUUUUUAAGAAGAAAAUUUUAUUUUAAAAAUGAGUCGAACGAAUCAAACUCCGAUGGACAGAUAUACGGAACAAGGAAUUGUACCAUUAUGGAAUUAUCGUGAAACUUCAGACUCGUUGUCACGAAAUCUUCAAGUGUUACUUUC